UUUAGAACUCUAACAUUCCCCUGGCAAAAUACCAGGUGUUAUUUUGACUUGUUUACAGACCUUAACACACAAGCUGUUAACUAAAAAUAUAUUGAUAAAUCAGACCAAAUUAAAGAUUUCUUAAUUAAUGUCACCAUAAUAAAUUUUAAAUACAAUCAUGGAACCCAAGUUCUAUGUGUAACCAUUAAGGUCUCAAAAAUUAUAAAAAAUACAAGCAUAGAGUGGGAAGACAUAUUUGCAAUUUACGUAUUUGAAAAAGAUAUUUCUAGAAUAUAGAAUUUCCAGUAUAAGAAGGAAACAGGCAAACAUCCCAAAUAGAAAAAUAUACAAAAGACUUUUACAAGCUCUUCAUGAUAAUAUAAACUAAUGGCCAAUAAAUUUGUGAAAAUGUGUAUGAUUUCAUGAAUUACCAGGGAAAUGCUAAUUAAAAUCACAAUAUGCUAUUACCACACACUGAGUAGAGUGGCUGAAACUGAAGAGACAAUAUCAAAUGUUGACAAGGAUAUGAAGAAACUGGAACUCCCAAACUUUGCUGGCAUUACUAUAACUAUUUUUGAAAAAAUAUUUCACAAUAUUUGAAGAUCUAAAUAUAUGUGCAUGCAUUAAUGCACAACAUUCCAAAUCCUAUUAACAUAUUCAACAUACAUAGUGAUAGAACAAAAAAAAAUCUCAAAACUGGGAAAACCCCAAUUUCAGCCACUGUAGAAUGUAUAAACUACAUGGUAUAUUCAUACAUCUGAAAAAUAUAAACCAAUGUGUACAAAACACGUUAGAACAACAUGACACAGAACAAUUUCACUUAAUAUAAUGCUAACUGAAGAACAUAGACAAAAUGCUAAUACUGUAUAGCUUUAUUUGUAUGAAAAUUCAAAAAAGAGCUGAGAUAGCUAUGAUAGUAGAAGUCAUGAUAGUGCUUGCCUUUUAGGAGGGAAGAUAAAAACAAAGAAGGGGAAUUCUUGGGUUUUGGUAGACUUUCAAUUUUUAAUCUGGAAAAUUCUUAUAAUAGUAUAUACACUUUGUUAAAAUCCACUGACUUGAGAUUCACUGUAUGUACAUAUGUACGUGUGGUCAGAUUCAUCCUAUCCCUCCAUUUUACUCUUGCCACUACUCUACUGAUCUUUCCUCUGUUUUGAUGGAAUACCCCCAAUGCCUCAGCCAUUUUGCCACUAGCUUCCACAUAUCAGAGAAAACAUUUAAAUUUUGACUUUUUUGAACUACUUUGGGACUGAAUUAGAGAAAUUAUUUUGUAUGCUAUUGAGAUUGUCAAAGUGUAUUCUAAUGUUAUGUCUAACUUUAGAAAAUGAUUAUUAAAUACACACACACACACACACACACACACACACACACAGCAUUAAACCUAAAUUCCUGCCUUUAACAAACAGUAUUUCACUGAGUUGUACAGUUAUGCUUUGUGACUUUUUCUGGUGGAAUGUUAUAUUUCAAAAUUAAAGUAAUUUUUUAAAAUCGAAAUUUUGUCAAUAUACAAUAUUAUUAAUUUCAUAAAAAUAAUAAAUUAUAAACACAAAGUUCCUUUAUGUACUCAAAUGAAGAUAAAACGAUAAAGAUAAUAUAUCAGUUUACUUUGUUCUUAAAGGCAUUCUUUUACUGAAAAUUAACUCAGGUGAUAUUUAUUUAAAAAUUCUAAUAACUUGGAGAUAAAAUAAGGCACGCUUUUGUGGCUUAAAAGGGUAUGGAUAUACACCAGAUUUAAAAUUUGGAAUGAAAUGGCAAAUAUUAUGUGCAAUAGUAAGAAAGGACACCUGGUGGCGCUGCAGGCUAAGAGUGUGAAUAAUGGGCUCUGGAUGACCAAGGACGCAUUUGAGCUGGGAAGCACUCUGAAAGCUCCUUACAACAAUGAGGCAUUUUAGGUGAGCUCCAGGAGACAAAUCUUCAGAAAGGUCUUCGUUCCAAGCGCAUAAAAACAGAAACAUUUGACCAAAUCGUCUGAGUGGAUUGCAUACAACUAAAAGGAACUGCACCUUCUGGACCCGUCUGAACAAUGGAGGGAGAGCUAGAUAAAACGCCACGGAAAAGGCAAGUCAUUUUUCUUGCUAUGCUGUUGUUUUUGUGGGAGGCUGACUCUGAGGCAAUUAGGUAUUCCAUUCCAGAAGAAACAGAAAGUGGCUACUCUGUGGCCAACCUGGCAAAAGAUCUGGGGCUCAGGGUGGGAGACCUGGCCACUCGGGGUGCGCGAAUCCAUCACAAAGGCAGCAAACAGCUCUUGCAGCUUGAUGUAAAAACCGGCAAUUUGCUUCUACAGGAAAAACUAGACCGGGAGGUGCUGUGUGGGGCUACAGAACCCUGUAUAUUGCAUUUCAAACUGUUACUAGAAAACCCAGUGCAGUUGUUUAAAGUUGAUGUGCAACUGACAGAUAUAAAUGACCAUACUCCAGAGUUCCUAGACAGGGAAAUGAUCCUUAGAAUCCCAGAGAGUGCACAGCAAGGGACGAUGUUUCCUUUGAAAUCAGCUCACGACUUUGAUAUAGGUAGCAACAGUGUUCAGAACUAUGCAAUCAGCCCCAAUUCCUAUUUUCAUGUUGCUACUCACAAUCGCGGAGAUGGCAGAAAAUACCCAGAGCUGGUGUUGGACAAAGCCCUGGACCGGGAGGAAGAGUCUGAGCUCAGUUUAACCCUCACAGCACUGGAUGCCCUACCUGCCGCUCCCGGAAGUGGCGCCCGAGCGCGCGCAGGGGGACUCGCUCACUGUCUACUUGGUCAUCGCCUUGGCAUCGGUGUCAUCGCUCUUCCUCUUCUCUGUGUUGGUGUUUGUGGUGGUGAGGCUGUGCAGGAGGCGCAGGGCGGUGCCGCUGGGUGUCUGCUCUAUGCCUGA